AGUUCUUCCCCUCCCCUCCCGAUCUUGCUCUAUUUCUUUUUCCUUCUUCUCGUAGAGAUGGUGGUGGCUUUGGGUCCGGGGAGAUUCUACGGCAGCAGCCUCCCGCGGCCCCGCUUCUUUGCGGAUGACGAGAGGGUCGAUCCGCCGGUGCCCGUCUUGGAUCCCCUCCUCUCGUGGGCCAACGAGGCGCACUGGUCCAUGGGCGGCCUGAGCUUCAGUCGCCACCGCCUCCAGGGCCGCAUCGAGGGCUCCAUCAAGAAGCUCCGCGCUCAGCAAGAGAAGAUCCAGCGGCGGGCUGCCUCUCCUCCUCCCGCCGCGCCGACAAAGCCGGCGAUCUCGAAGCCCAGAGCCGCCGCGGGCAAGAUCACGCUAAGUCUUUCACGCCUCGACUCGAACCCAUCGGAGAGAAACGAGGGAGAAGUGGCGGUCGAGAAGCCUCAGAAUAGCAAAGCCGGGAGCGGUGUUCAAUCCUCUACCGGACCUGCCGAGAAGAAGAGAAAGAGGGUGAGGAGGCUCGGGGAGGAGUUCGAUAGGAUCGCGGCGGAGUUGCUGAAGGAACCGAAGAUCCAAUUAAGAGGCGCGGCAGCAAGGACGCGUAGCCGGAGGUCAAUUGGAGAGGAAAUCGAACAGGAUGAAUCGGAGCCAAGUGCCCCUGCUCUCCAUAAGAAAGAGAGUGCCGAGAAAAAGAAGCUGAAGCUGGCGGAUGGCGGACCGCCGAGGAGGACUUCACCGAGGAACAAGCAAUAGGCUUCGACUAGAAAAUGCUGUUUCAGAAUUGUUGUGAGAGUUUCUCAGAAAGAAUGAUCUGAAUGAUGUUUGGAACGAACUGGAAGUAUUCUGCCUCCGACAAGGAAAGAGUGCUUCACUACUGGUUUAGUCGACGAGAAAUCGUGGGAGCCGCCAAUGGUGACGAAUCUUACUAUUACUCGCCAGGACAAGGACGGAUUCUGUUAUGAUCAAGGGCUAGUUUAUGUGGUUUCAAGUCUAAGCGAGUCGGACAGUGACAGAUUCAGAUAGGUCUGUGGGUUGAAAAGGUUUUUUUUUCUUCCAAAAUUCAAAAUUAAAAUAGAAAAUUCAAUGAGUUAUUAGU